AUGCCAGUAACCAACCGCAGAAUUUCGUUAGGCUCGCCGAAAGACCUUCGCGAGGUCAAAUUCUUUGACGAGGAGCCGAUUCCGGACGUUCCGCUGAAAGGAGCCCGCGUCAAAGUGUGCUACGCGGGAGUGUGCCUUACCGAUCGGGAAGUGUCGAAUACCAAGCAGGCGAGAAUCACCAAUGGAAUCAAGGACACUAGUCUGUUCCCAGGUAAAUCUUAACUUAAAAGUUGCUCUACUUCCCAAAUAAAACAUCUUUAGGAUAUGAAGUGUCUGGAAUUGUGGAGUCUUUCGGAUCUGAGUGCUCUCCAGGUGACUAUGAUCUGCACAUCGGAGACAAAGUGAUUGUGUGGCCCACUGACGAGAUGUGCAGCCACGGAUACGCCGAUUACGUUGCCGUCCCAACUCUCCAUUUCCUCGUCAAAAUCCCGGAGACCCUUUCGAUGCACGUUGCUUCGAUUCUGCCAGCCGGAGCCACCUGGGCCCUAUCUGCAGUGCUUCAGGCCAGACCAAUUGUUGAGGCUUUCUCCCAAUCGAAGGGAUUCUGCAACAUUCUCAUCGUCGGAGCCGGAGGACUCGGCCUCUGGCUUCUCAAACUCGCGAAACACUUUUUGGCCGUAAACAACGACAAAAAGAUUCGUUUGAUGGUUGCAGAUGCCAAGGAGGAACGUCUUUCCCUCGCCGAGAGAAACGGAGCUGACUUCGUCGUUCAUUGGGACGAUUCCGAGUUCGAAGAAUACCUCAUCAUGCGCACCAAGGACGUCGCCCGUACUGGAGUCAACGUUGUUUUCGACUUCGUCACCUCUCCGAGAACCGUCACGCGCUCUCUGAAAUGCCUCGCGGAAGGAGGAGUCCUUUUCGUCGGAGGACUCUCCGGACUCGAUGUGCAGCUUCCGAUCAAGCACGUCGCCAAAAACAGACUUGCUAUUAUGGGAGUGACCAGGUUAACAUUCAUUUUAAGGUUGUUUGAAUCUUCUAUUCUUUACAGAGGAAGUAUCGAACAGCUCAAGAACCUUGUCAAUCUGAUUGCUGGAGGACAAAUUGACGCUCCAGACUAUAGAGUUUACCCGGUCGAUCAGGCAUCCGCUGUCCUCAAGCAAUUGUCGAUGUCUGAAGUGGAAGGUCGUGCUAUUCUGGAAGUUUGCGAUCCGUCGUCGGCUCUGGAACCUGAGCAAGCUGGAGUUCCAAUUCCACAAACCGAACAACACGAAUAA